UUUGGUUCCUGCGGAAACGUGCUAUAAAUAACGGAGGGCACCAUUUUUCACCUCACGACACGUUUUUCUCAGCAUUGGUUGUUUUUCGCUUUGGAUCCUCGGCUGAAGCGUUCGUUUGCGUGGAGGAGACGGCGGUAGGAAGUAUGAAUCCACGUCUUUGGAUAAUGUCGUGUUAAGGGCGCGUUGGCAGCGAAGGCGCGGUCAAUUGGUGCCUAUGGUGUUGGAUUGUAUCAGGGUUGCAAGUUGAUGCGGCAGAUUCCCGAGUGAAGGAGAUAGUGGUGGGAGAUCAGCGGAUCUUUGGGGUGUAGAGGAGAGGAAACAGGAAGGGAUAGGAGCCUUGAACGAUCUAAGUAGCGGGGAAUUAUAUGAGUUGUUGUUGUUGUUGUCCCGCAUGGUGGAAGGACUUUACUACAGCGUAGGUGUGUGUACGGUGUAGCAGACGCCGUCGAGGCUUCUUCCUAUUACUUUGUGCUCUCCCUUUAUCUUCUGCCGCUGUGAUUGUGUAUCGUCUCUCUGUUGGUCUGUGUGGGUCCUCUUUUGUUGUCGCAAUCUUGCGCUCUGAGUUGGUCAAAUUUUCGGUCUUCGACUGUGUUUUUCAGCACUGUAAUUCAUUCUCGGCUUCGCUCUUCCUUGCCUCUCAUUUAGGUUGCCCUCCUGCCUCUUUGUAUACUUCAUUGUCCUUACGAACUUCUUAGCCUGUGCCUAGCUUAAGUUUGGAAGUAACUUGCUCCAUUGACGAGACGAGAAACACGUGCACGCUUGAGGUUAUGUUAUGCUUGGCUGACAUCUUAUAUCUCUCGUUCAAUGAAUGCAUAGAAUAUUGAGAGAAAUGUUUACAAUUUUGUGUUCUUCCUGCACGUUGCAACAGAAUGGAACCAAGAACUAUUAGUCCCUUCCCUCUCGCCGCACUCGUCACUAUGGAGAAGGCUACCGUACCCACGGACGUGAUGAAGAAGCCUAGUACCACUGGGGAGGAGCUGCUUCCACCUAAUCAAGGAAUAAGUAACGGGGAUUCAAGGCGCACAUCUCAAUUGCCUUUGACCACGUUUGAAACGAGUGUUGUGCUUGGCAUAUUUGGGAUGUUCACAAUUGCAUUGUUAUGCGUAUAUGUCACUAUGCCUAGUGUGGAUCCAAGUUUUCUCAAGCUUCCUCGUACAGUUGCAGAGUUGCGCACUUUGACGGAUUAUGUCUCAAAAUACACAGAUGACUACAGGCUACAGGUGUUAUUGGGUUACUGCACAGUCUACAUAUUUAUGCAGACUUUUAUGAUCCCUGGAACAAUCGUAAUGUCUCUUCUGGCGGGUUCUCUGUUUGGUGUGGUCCAAGGCAUGACGCUUGUGAUAUUCACGGCUUCCGCAGGAGCUUCUUGUUGCUAUUUAUUAUCCAGACUUAUUGGCCGCCCCCUUGCUAUGUGGUUGUGGGCUGACAAACUCAACUUUUUUACCCGGGAGGUCACUAAAAGAAGAGAGUACUUGUUCAACUACAUGAUCUUUUUAAGGGUUACACCAACAUUGCCAAAUACUUUUAUUAACGUCUGUUCUCCAAUUGUUAAUGUUCCCUAUCCUACGUUCAUUGGGGCUACAGUUAUUGGUUUGAUGCCUGCCACAUUUGUGACUGUUCGAGCCGGUUUAGCCCUGAACACCCUCAGCAGUUUCAAUGAGCUGUAUGACGUCAAGACUGUAUCUGCUCUGUUCUGCAUUGGCCUGGUUUCCAUUGUGCCAACGAUAUUGAAAAGAUCUCAAUCCCAGGUAUUUGACGGGCCUCACAUCAGGUGAUUCGUACUGGUCCCUUUUCUGCUGAUUUAUUUGCCACGACGUACAAACCUUGCAUCAACAUCGAGUUUCUGACAGGAGUGACGACACACUUACGCUACGAUUAGUCUGUGUGUCGGGUGGCUUUCACCUGCAACCUUUGAACAUAGAGGAAUGUGGAUUUCUCUGUCCCAUCGACUUGCCUACCAAAAGGAUAUGCACACCCUGAGAAACAUUGUAUGUCCUAUUUUUUCAUUUACUUCAUUUUUUAGGAACCUAGUUCAGCAGAUUUAAAUAUCGUACAUACACUUAGAUAAUGGUAGGAUACUUUCCUUGAAAGAAGUGCACGCUAUACCCUGCAACCAGGCUAAAAUAAAGCCUCAUUAAACAGAUUCUUGCAGACGUCCAUUAGAUGAUGACAUAUGUAUCCAAGGUGAUAUGAUCGCCAGCUCAUCAAUUAAGGAACACCAUUGACCUGUAGCUCAUAAACCAGACGAUUGUUAACAGGCCAGUGAAUGAAAACCACUGGUUUUGGGUAAAUUCCAAUUGCACACUAGAAUGUAGAAUAUACCUUGUAAUUAUCUGUACAUUUUUCUUAAUGAAUGGGUCCGAUCACAUGUAAUGAA